AGUGAAGAGUCCCUACACAAGCAUCUUGUGGUUGGAGAGGUAUGGGCCAAAUGUCACAAUAAGCACUCAAGGAUUCAUGAAAUUGGAUAAGCUCUCAAGACUCACUUGGGAAAAAAAAUGAUAAGAAACGCACUUUCUUGAACAAAAAUUAUUAGUCUCCCAUUAUUAAAUUCUCAGUCCCCACUCACUAAUCAGUGAGCAUCUCAUGUUGUAUAUAAGACCACAUUGAAUUCCCCAAAACUUUAAGAAGCAAAAGAACCUGACAAAGCUAAGCAAAGCAUAAAGAAGAGACUUUGGUCCAAAGCUCAUCAAAGAGUAAAAUAUGUCUGCAAAUGAGUUACCUUCUUCUUCAGCUCAAGCCUUCCAAGAGCAAUCCCUUGCCGGUUUUGUCUCUAGAAAGCUACUUCUCCACAACCCAUUUGACCACAACACUGAACGAGCCUUUGCGGUUGCACCAUCUGCUCUCAAUUCCCAUGAGAACAACCUCAGUGGGAAUGUCCUGAUGCUUCUCUCAGUCCUCAUCUGCGGCAUCAUCUGUUGCCUCGGGUUACAUUACAUCAUUCGUUGUGCAUUCAGACGUACUUCAAGUUUCAUGAUCUCCGAUCCGAUCUCUGGUUUUUCAACAUCACGAGAUUCAUCAGACAAAGGAAUCAAGAAGAAAGCUCUUAGGAUGUUCCCAGUUGUGAGUUACUCACCUGAGAUGAACUUGCCAGGGCUUGGUGAAGAGUGUGUCAUUUGUUUGUCAGAUUUUGUUUCCGGUGAACAGAUUAGGAUGCUCCCUAAGUGCCACCAUGGUUUCCAUGUUCGUUGCAUUGACAAGUGGCUUCAACAUCAUUUGACUUGUCCCAAAUGCAGACACUGUCUGGUUGAGACAUGCCAAAAGAUCUUAGGUGACUUCAGUCAAGCUGAUCAAGUGGUAGCAGUACCAACAGAGAGCGUUAUCGUCAGGAUUUCUCCUCUAGAACCUGAAGGAAGAGUAAACACUUUAAGAGAAAGCAGCUAGAUGCCAAGAGAGGCAGAAACCAUCAAAAGUUCAGAAUUUGUGCUUUUUUAGUUAGGUAGGAGAUUUUUAGAUCUGAUCACAAAUCAUGUCUUUAGCCACUUGAGAAAAAAACAAAUCACUCAGGAUAACUCAAUUUUUUUAUGUCUUUCGUUUUUGCCUGUAACACAAAGUGUAUACAGAGAGAAUAUAUCUCACGAGUUCAUCAAAGUUCUUUUUGCAAAGAUAUGUUUUACAGUGGAAUGUGAA